UUAGUUAAACCCCCACUGCAGUAAGAAGAAGCAGCAGUGGGAGCGUGUUGUGUCAACAUUGGUCUGUGUGUUAUGAAGUUGGUAAAUACACCUUGACCUCGCCGCGGAGAGAAAGACGCAGAUCAAGCAGAUUAUACGCACGGCGUGCUGCAGAAACAGCAGCAGAAACGGCAGGGAAACGACACGUAAACACAUUCACUUGUUACCGAACACCGUGCUGCAGCUGCAGGAGGAGGAGGCGGAACCUCGAAGUAAACGUGCAGCUAAACCUCUAAAUAAAGUUUGGUAGCUUUGACUCGGCCAGUAUUAUUCACCUCGUCCGUGCACGCAGUUCAUAGCAGCAGGGACGCUGCUCCGCAGCUGCAGACCAUCAUGGCAGGUGAUAUGAUGUUACUAAUGCGAGGCCUGACCAAGUUGAGCCAGGCAGUUGUGGAGACUCAGGCAAACGCUAUGCGCAGUGGCACAGGAGUUGCAGGCAUUGGUGCUGCGUUUCAGACGGCUGCAGAGCAAGGCAUCUCUGUGGCCUUCACGAAGAUGCAGGAAAUGUCUGGUCAGCAGCAAACGUCCUCCUCAGAGUCAGAAUUUGACUUCCCCCAGGACGACAAUGCGUUCUCAACUUCAGAGUUUAGGGAAGAAGGUGUGGACUUUAAAGAUGGUCAUUUAGAAAAUAUGGAGAUGUAUGGAGAUCACAGUGUGGCAGCAGGAACAGGUCACGUAAAUGGAAAACAGUCUGUGUUCCAAGGAUACAAAGAUCCGAGCAAGCAGUUUGGCGGAGACUCCAGAUCUUUUCACCUGGAUGCCAGACACACUUUCGGUCACCAUCAGCUCCACAACCACAGUCUGAUAAGUCGGGUGUGGGGCCAACCCACAGCCGACUGCCAACGACCUGGCACACAGACCAGGAGCUAUCAUCAGGACCCGUCCACUGUUGGAGGUCUGACGGCCGAGGACAUUGAGAAAGCACGACAGAGGAAAACGGCUGACAGCAAACCACACAAACAGAUGUUGAGUGAAAGAGCCAGAGAGAGGAAAGUGCCCGUGACCCGGAUCAGCAGACUGGCCAACUUUGGAGGCCUCGCUGUCGGGUUGGGCAUCGGCGCUCUGGCUGAAGUUGCCAAGAAGACAAUUCGACACAGUGGUAUGGCAGGUGAAAAUAAGAAGGCAGUUCUGGACUCCAGCCCGUUUUUGUCCGAGGCUAAUGCUGAGCGUAUUGUCAGGACUCUGUGCAAGGUCAGAGGAGCGGCACUAAAACUUGGACAGAUGCUCAGCAUUCAAGACGAUGCCUUCAUCAACCCACAACUCGCUAAGAUUUUCGAGCGUGUAAGACAGAGCGCUGACUUCAUGCCCAUCAAGCAAAUGACGAAAGCGUUGAACAGUGACUUGGGUCCUAACUGGAAAGACAAGCUGGAGUUUUUUGAGGAGCGUCCGUUCGCUGCAGCGUCCAUCGGUCAGGUUCACUUGGCCAGAAUGAAGGACGGCAAAGAAGUAGCCAUGAAAAUACAGUAUCCUGGAGUGGCUCAGAGUAUCAACAGCGAUGUCAACAACCUGAUGACGGUGCUGAGCAUGAGCAAUGCUUUGCCUGAAGGUUUGUUUCCAGAGCAUUUAAUACACGUGAUGAGGAAAGAGCUGGCGCUGGAGUGUGAUUACAUCAGAGAAGCAAAGUGUGCAAAAAAGUUCAGGGAGCUGCUGAAGGACCAUCCGUUCUUCUACGUACCAGAGGUGAUAGAAGAGCUGAGCAACAAACAUGUCCUCACUACAGCACUUGUGCCUGGGUUUCCUCUGGACAAAACUGAGGGCCUCACACAGGAGCUGAAAAAUGAGAUUUGUAAGAACAUCCUGACAUUGUGCAUCAGGGAGGUCUUUGAGUUCAGGUACAUGCAGACAGAUCCAAACUGGUCCAACUUCUUCUACGAUCCACAGACUCACAGGGUGGCGCUGUUGGACUUUGGAGCGACAAGAGGAUUUGAUCAGAGUUUUACCGACCUCUACAUAGAGAUCAUCCGUUCAGCUGUGGAUGGUGACCGUGAGGGAGUUCUGAAGAAAUCGAUUGAGAUGAAAUUCUUGACAGGAUAUGAGUCCAAGGCGAUGGAGAACGCACACGUGGACGCAGUAAUGAUCCUCGGCGAAGCCUUUGCCUCCACAGAGUCCUUUGACUUCGGGUCUCAGUCCACCACAGAGAGAAUUCACAACCUGAUCCCAGUGAUGCUCAAACACCGUCUCACUCCGCCUCCAGAGGAAACGUACUCUUUGCACCGCAAGAUGGGAGGCUCCUUCCUGAUCUGUUCACGGCUGAACGCAAAGAUUAACUGUAAGGACAUGUUCUGGUCGUCGUACCAGAAGUACUGGGAAGGACGCACACCUCCCUCCAAAUCCUGUGUUUAAAGCUUUGACGGACAGGUGGCGCUGCCGGAGGAGACGAGGUCUAAAAGAACCACGAGUGCAGAGCUGAGGUUAUAGAAUCAGCUUUGAACGCAGGCCUUUCUUCUCCAUCUCAGAUAUCUCACCUGAGUUUGAAAGACCUUUCUACUGUGUGUAUCUACAGCUGCCAAAUCUAAAAGGGAACGUUUGUGGCAACAGGUUGGAACAUAGCCGACGGAAUUAAAAUAUGUGGGAGACGGAAGGAAGUGGGAAAAGCUUUAAAAUGUAAUAUGAAUGUUAAAUGCUCAAAAAAAGGUCUCUAACUUUUUUCCACAUGAUUUUUGGUUGUUUCUGUUUGUCUUUUUGUUUUGCUGUGUUUUGUUUAAAUGUUUGCAAAAUCACUCCCUGUGUCUAAGAAUCAUCCAGAAAGUUAGGGUUUGUCCCGUAAUGAAUUAAAGAAGUAACAGUUAAAAUGUCAAGAAGGCACAAAAUCCAAUGGGUUUAAAGCUGACUCUGAGGAAACCUUUUGCCAAAAUGUAUUUUUCUCUUAUGGAUAUUUAUUCUGCUCUCAUGAAUUUAAUUAUGAAAUCGGUCAGAACCGUUUGACUUCUAAGCAUCAUGGUAAUCAGAAGUUUGAACUUGUCUGCCUCACGAGUAUCUCUGCUUCUGUCACUUUUAAAAAAGUUUGAUGAAAUUAUUUGGGAUUUAUGGUCUAACACAGGAUUAUUCCAACAUUUGUAUCUCAGGGUCAGUGAACGGGAACUCAAUUAAUUUUUUUUAUUUUUUUUUGCCUGUGACAAAAGUCCCAUAUAAGGUUUAGAACUUUGUGUAAAUAUAUUUGAAUGUAAAAGAAGUUUCCUCCUGAUCAUUAGGCAAACUGUCAGUGAUCACUUCACACCUGUGUGUGUGAAAUCCUUAGUCACCUGGUUGGUGUGAUAAUAAAUCCAGGCUGUGUGAACACAGUAUGACAUAAAUUUUACUAAAAAAAAAAACAAAAAAAAAAAUACCUGCAGCUUCCUGUGGAGUUUGCUUUUCUGUGAAUAAUCUGUAUUUUCAUGAUGUGUAAGGACUAAGUAACGCACUGGUCUAGAAGCUCUAAUCAAAACACAUUCUUACCUGAAAGACAUGAUAAAGAUUUAUCCAUUAACAAGCACACGUCUGAUCUGCUUUUAUAUGUGUUUCCACCGGUGUGUGCGUCAGUGUUUCAGUGCUUAUCAAGUGUCAUGACUCUAAUGUACACAAUAUGAGGUAUGGCCUGGAAAAUAAGCUAUAAUAAGAAUUUACUAUGGGAGUAAAUGGUAAAAAGGCAGAGGGGGGAGAAAGACGGUUUGUCCUUAUUUAGUAAUGUCCUGGCCUGCAGUGAGAGGACAAACUCAGAGCCUGAGAAAUGCUUUCUGCAAAUUAAAAAAAGAUCAGUGGACAGAGCUGAGCAGUGUGGCUUUCUGCUGGCUUAAAAAAAAAGUAUUUUCCAAAUACUUCUAUCAUAUUACUAUGUAUCUGUAAUUCUUCUAAUGUUCCAGUAUGGGGCAGUAUUGUUUAUUUCACAGCUUCUGCAGGUUGUGGUACACAAAAAAAGAAAGAAACUGAACAGAUACAGUGAUUUUUAAAGAAUUUGUAUUUAUUUAUUUUCUAUUCAUAAUCUCUUUUUGUGUUUCUCUCUUCUUUCUGACUUUUGCUCUCAGGGUUCCUGCCCCUCAGAACUCCAGGACUUCACUGCCAUUAUUUAUAAUCUACGUCACAAAUGACACUAAGGUCAAACUUUUUUUUUAACUACUGACAUUUUGCAUUUUAGUCAGAAGUGAUUCAUAUUUGUCCCUGGUUUCUCUUUGUCUCCAUCUCUUCUCCACUCUGUCCAUUUUCUGUCACCCCUCCUCUCUCCCCCAGUUGUCAUUUUCCCAGCUGCUGUGACCAAAGACAACAGCGACACACUCUGAGUCUGCAUCUGCUGGAGACGGUUUCCCAGUAAAGUGAGUGUACUGUUUUUCCCACUCCCACUGUCAGCAAGUUGUAUUUACUUGCUCUACUAUGUCUUGUUUAUAUUAUUUAAAUGUAAUAUUGAAUGAUAAUACAUUACCCCUCCCCCCAUUUUAGUGGCUUUUAAGCAGAUGUAUUUACAAGUCUAUACAGCAGUUAACACUAAAAUCUAACAUUUGAUUGUGCUCUUGUGAUUUUAUUCAUAUAAACAGUCAAAAGGAAAUGGCUUUUAAUGAACCUCAAUUAUUUCUGUUCUGCAUAAAUUUGAUUUAAAUUGAAUAGAAAAUAAUGAUGAUAGGGAAAAAAAAUAGAAUAAAAAAUACAUUAAAAAAAGGUUGUUCAGGUCCCAUUAUCAACAGAACUGGUUAAGACUGGAUUUGAUUUAUGGCUGGUAGUGCAUCAGUUAUUGUCCAGAAAGUGUUGCCAGAAAACUAAAACAAACAAAAAUAAUUAAUUGCCCUUAUGGCUGUUAAAAAUUCAACUGAGUUUCCGAAGGAUUGAUUUGAGUUUCAUGGGUUCCAACUUUUCAGGAGUGGAGUUUGUUGUUCCUUUUUCCUCAGGCUGCUUUGAGUCACAUUAAGUUGUUUCUGAAUUGUCAAAAGUCGUCCACUGUGCUGCUGACAAAAAUGUUUUCUGACACUGUACGAUGCUAAGCUGGAGUUGGAGACAACUCAACUGUGGCUGAGUUUGUUCCCUGUACUGUACUGUAUAUGGUGAGGUGGGACAGUGGGUGAGGAUCACUGGUCUGAGAGACCUUAUAUGGAGAGAGGAAGCUCAGGAAUGCUGGGCUCAGUUGUUAAGAGUUAAACAAACCUCCAGCAUAGACUUAGCAGUGGAGUUAAUGAGACUAUUUUUAUUAUUGUCAUGGAAACAUGGAUGUGGUGCAGUUUUGUCUGCGCUCCACCAAACACAACACCUAUACCAAGACUUUUAAUUGGAAACAAAACUUUUCUUGUAUUUGUAUUUGCAAAGUAUGUCACUGCAAGACACUCAGUUCUUAGUAUGUAUUCCACCUAAGGGUGCAUGUGACAAAACAACAUUUUACACUUGACAAUAUAUGGCACUAAAACACAGUCAAACUGUCUGCUAUCCUGUUCACGCAUAAAAUGAACUUAAACUUUGUCCAAAUAUUUGAAUGACUGGACCAUUUUUUAUUUAUAAAAAACCCAUAAUCUUAAUACCAACACAUAUUCCUUUACUUCAGUCAUUUGUGUGUGCUGAUUUCUUUGAGCACAAACACUGAUAUUCAUGCAAAAAAAAAAUAAAAA